UUAACUCUCACUCUCAAGAAGACAACAAUGAAGUUUUUCUCUCUCUCACCCAUCUUCCUUCUCCUUGUCCUCUGCUUCAAUACUUCCGUUCUCUCCCUAACUGAUGAUCAGCCAUUGAUCUCUCUUAAACUUCAUGAAGAAGAGAGCUGCCCUUACACUGUGAUUGUCACUACAAGCUGUUUAUCUCCUGAUUGGUCUAAGGAUCAGAUAACUAUCGCUUUAGGUGACGCCAACGGCAACCAGGUGGUCGCACCGAGGCUAAACGAACCGCUAAGUGGAGGACGAGGAGGUUUUGAGAAAUGCUCUUCGGACACAUUCGAAAUAAAAGGUGCAUGUCUCAACACUAUCUGCUCCGUCUACAUCUACCGUUCUGGUCCCGACGGCUGGAUCCCUGAAACCAUCGAGAUAUACAAGGAAGGUUCCAAGUCCGUGAAAUUCGAUUUCAAUAAAAACGUCCCUGAGAACAUUUGGUCCGGCAACAACAACUGCAACACCACCAGUUGGCCACCGUUUCCCCCCACCGUCCCACCGCCUUCUUUUCCUCCGGGACCACCUUCUAUCCCGCCACCGCCACCACGGCCAUCUGCUGCCUCUGGACGUAGAGGUGGUGAUUGUUUGGUUCUUGCGUUUGCUACGAUUGUGUUUGCCUUUGCGGCCGUGGCUGUGUGAGUUAUUUUAGUUAAGAGUUUGCUCAAUAACUAACGAGUGUGGUGCAAUACCUUUGUAGUUGGAUAUUGUGGACACAUUAUUAGUUAAAUGUAUGAGUUAGUCUCUUCAAAAAUAAUGUAUGAGUUAGUAGAGAGACUCUCUAACUUAGAAUUAUAUUUAAGUAUUCCAUAUGAACUCGCCAUCAUGUGUUUUAGUAUGUGAUAUAUUACGACUUUCUUGUUGAA